AAACGUUUUCAUUACCAGACUUCUGGACGUGCCACGUCUCAGCACAUUUGUCUUCAGACUAUCUUCAAAAUGGCGGACAGCAACUGAAGCACAGUCAUACCGAAACAGGACAUAGCUUGAGACAACUUUCUCACCCAAAUAUUUGCAAUAAGUUGCUAAUAUCUUUGCUUUAAACUACAAAAAUGUCUGCAGAUGCACCAGAUGAAGCAACUGCUCAGUUGAGCACACCAUCAUUUUUUUCAAGAUUGAUACAAAGCAUUAGUCAGCGCUAUCAAAAGAUUCUAGAUGAUUCUGUCCCUCAUAUGACAGCAAGGUGGCUUAUGCUGCUUGCAUUUGGGUGCGGAUAUAUGUUACGUGUGUAUAUUUUACAGGGCUGGUACAUCAUUACAUAUGCGCUUGGUAUUUACCUUCUGAAUUUAUUCAUUGGAUUUUUGUCACCAAGGAUUGAUCCUGCAUUGAUGGAAGAUCCAGAUUUUUAUGAUGACAUUGCAGAAGAUGGCCCAACACUGCCGCAGAAAGCAAAUGAAGAAUUUAAACCAUUCAUCAGAAAACUUCCAGAAUUUAAAUUUUGGCACUCGUCAUUUAAGGCUGUCAUCGUUGCAUUAGUCUGCACAUGUUUUGACGCAUUCAAUGUCCCAGUGUUCUGGCCUAUACUUGUUAUGUAUUUUAUCAUCCUGUUUGUAAUUACCAUGAAGAGACAAAUCAAGCAUAUGAUCAAGUACAAAUAUUUACCAUUUACUCACGGAAAGAGAAAGUACCAAGGCAAAGAAUCUGGACAGGCGUUUGCACAGUAGUAGAAAUUGGUUAUGCUGUUUAACAUGCAUAGUGGUGAAAGAUUUGGGUAGCACCACGAGAUCUCUCUCAUUCCCAUCAAACUCUGGACAAGUUUAAUUCAUUUGUCAUCUAGUAAUUCUCUUGUAAAUUAAUUUUGCUCUACUUCCAUCUUAUGUUAACCUUUUAGCAAUCAUUUUACAAUAAUGUUGUUUAUUUGUGUCAUCCAAACCCGAAGACAAUCUAGGAAUGAGAAUUGCACAUCUGAAUUUACAUUCCAUGAAUAUUUUUGAAAUGGCGAAAAGUGAAGAUACGACCCACGGUUUCAUUUUGGGUCAUCAUUAGGCAAUGCUGCUGAUGGUUUUGUUAUUAUAAAUGGUGAAUGGCAAAUGUGACGUCUGAUCAUGCCAUUUUGUGUCUUGAUCUAAUUAUCUAGUCGGGUAAUUCAUCAAUGUUAUCUAUUAAUGCCAUAUGAUUAUCUUUUAAGCAAGCGAAACCUUUUCUUAAAACUUUUUAAUCAGUA